AUGUGUGAGUUGUUCGAAGCCUUUACAUGGAGUGAAUAUGAGUCAGAUUUAGCAAAAAUAGAGGAAAAUGAAGUAGAUGGUUAUUUAACAGUUGAUAAGAUGGAAGACGAAAAGGAUGAAGAGUGGGAAGUAAUAGAUGAAUGCGUAGGUGAUGAAGGUGAUAAUGUAAGCAGUACAAAAGAUGACACAGGUACCAAUAUUAUUUUUGAGUAUUUGCCGAUGCCCUAUGAAGCAAUGGGGAAUAUGUUUUGCAGAGAUCGCACGAAAGACGACGGUUCUGAAUACUAUAGAAGCUCUUGUUACAAGGAUUGUUUAUCAACUUUUCUUUUAGACAGAUGUAAUUGUCUCCCUUACACACAUAACAAUACAUAUUACUGCUCUAAGUUUAAAGUGGCUAGCUGUAUUAUGAAAGCAAUAGGAGACUACUACAACCAAACAAAGCUAGUUGAUAAGUGUGAUUGUCCAUUGCCGUGUAAAUAUACACAUUAUGAUGUGUCAUUGACGUCAUCACUAUUUCCAUCGGAUUUCUACAGUAAAAAGAUAUUUGAUGUCAUUGGAGUAGUAGAUUUGGAUUACUACAGAAAAAACUACAUUGCCCUCCAUAUUUAUUUUGACCAGCUCUCUACAACGAUUUCAAAGCAGGUACCAAAAUAUGCCUCUGCUGGAGAUAUAUUUGCUAUCCUUGGUGGACAGAUGGGAUUGUUUCUUGGCGCCAGCAUUGUUACUCUCACAGAACUUUGCGAGUUCCUGGUAUUUGCUCUCUGGACGUUAGUUUACAACCUAAGAAACAGGGAAAACAGAGUAGAGAAAAUAGCAAUUAAAUAAUGAAGAAAAGAAGAUUGUUCCAAGUGCAAAUAUCAACAGUUUGAUUUGCAGUCAACUGUUUACUACACGAAAGGUGAAAAAAACAAGUGCCGAUUAUACUCUCGCAUACAUUAUAUGAAUGAUGUAUAAUCAAUAGUUAGUUCUUUUCAUUUAAUCUUUGGGUUUUUUUUUCAGGAAAGCUGAACGAAAUUUCCCGAAUUGACCGUUUCUGUUAGAAAUUCAGACAAGAAUUAUAAAGUUUAAACAAAAGCACGGCCAUUUAUAUCAAAAACAUCAUAUUCCCUUCUUUU